AUGCAUCAGGCUAUCGACUUUGAAGGAGAAGUCAACCUCUUUCAUUUCUAUCUGUUGAGAAGUGUGGGCAAGGGCGCUUUCGGUAAAGUGCGAGUCGUGCAGCACAAGCACACGAAAACACUAUUUGCUCUAAAGUAUAUCAACAAGCAUAAAUGUGUCAAGAUGAAGGCUGUGGCGAAUAUCGUCCAGGAAAGGCGUCUACUGGAAGAGAUCGACCAUCCUUUUGUGGUCAAUCUACGGUAUGCCUUCCAAGAUGAUGAGAAUUGCUUCUUUGUGUUGGAUUUGAUGCUGGGAGGAGAUCUUCGUUUCCAUCUGGAUCGAGCAGGCGCGAUGAGCGAGGAAGUUGUCAGGUUCUAUGUGGCGGAGGUAGCAAUGGCUAUCGACUAUUUGCAUUCCAAACGGAUCCCGUCUGACGUGUGCCAUAGGGAUCUGAAACCAGACAACAUCUUGCUAGAUGAGAGAGGACACGCCCAUAUCACCGACUUUAACAUUGCCGUCCACUUUUCAGAACGAAGACUACUGACUGGUGUCGCCGGAAGUAUGGCUUACAUGGCGCCAGAAGUGUUGACAAAGAGAGGAUACUCGGCUCCUGUUGAUUUCUGGUCCCUCGGUAUCCUUGCGUACGAACUAUUGUUUGGCAAACGACCCUUUCGGGGUCGCACCAACAGUGCUUUGACCAACUCUAUCCUCAACGAGACUCUUACUUGGCCCGAUGAUGCGCCUGGCAAGUGUUCUCAUGACGGCAUGCAGGCUUUGCGAGGUUUUAUGGAAAGAGAUCCAAACAAGCGUCUUGGCUACAGGCCUGGUGGUGGCGGUUUAAACGACGUCAAGGCGCACCCUUGGUUCCGUAAUAUUGAUUGGCAACAACUACAUGACAAGCAGGUCGUGCCGCCUUUCGAGCCUGAUUCGAAACGAGCUAAUUUCGAUGCCACCCACGAACUAGAGGAGCUGCUGCUGGAAGAAAAUCCCUUGAAGGCGAGAAAGAGGAAGGAGGGCCAAGAUAUCGAGCUCAUGUCGCCGGAGAUGCGCAUGAUGGAGCAACAUUUCAAAGUCUUCGACUAUACCAAAGCCCAGCGUCGGUCAUACUACACACCCGCGCCUCAAGCGACCUCGGCUCAGGGUGUGACGAAUGUACCUGUCGAUGCCAAUGGUGCUUUAAAGAGCCCCUCCGCUCGCCCGCAUACGCCAAGUGACCAGACGGGACUGGUCAGCAAGACGGGACUGGACGUAGAGGCGCAGAUUCUGGACGGCGGUGGGAUGGCAAACAUAGGUGGAAGGGGUGGUUGGCGCUCAUCCGAGCUUCCGGAUAGGGGCGGCCAAAGCAUAGAUGCCAAUACGGCAAGGAUUCAUACGCCCUUGAGGCAGUCUUCGACAGAACCAUAUCCGGAACCAGAGGAGCGACUCGCCCGCGACAAGGACAUGGGGAAUGCUGUGUGA